GCCUGCGGGAGCCCUCUCCAGGCAACCCAGUGCUGAUCGCCGGUGCCGGUGCGGCCGUUCCCCCUCCGUCGCGGGAGGCGAGGCUCCGAAGCAGCCCCCUCCUCCUGGGUUCACCCUCCACCCACUUCCCGGUGGACCUCGGGGCAUGAGCAACGAUGGCGGGCUGUAUCCCUGAGGAGAAAACUUACCGUCGCUUCCUGGAGCUGUUCCUGGGCGAGUUCCGCGGACCGUGCGGCUAACUGCCCUUCCUUUCUGGCUGCCGCUUUAGCCAGAGCCACAUCAGAUGAAGUCCUCCAGAGUGACCUUUCUGCUCACUAUAUCCCAAAGGAAACAGAUGGCACAGAAGGGACUGUGGAAAUCGAGACAGUGAAAUUGGCCCGUUCUGUCUUCAGCAAACUACACGAGAUUUGCUGCAGCUGGGUGAAGGACUUCCCACUGCGCAGGAGGCCUCAGAUUUACUAUGAAACAUCAAUCCACGCCAUCAAAAACAUGCGAAGGAAAAUGGAGGACAAACAUGUCUGCAUCCCUGACUUUAAUAUGCUCUUCAACCUAGAGGACCAGGAAGAACAAGCUUACUUUGCAGUGUUUGAUGGCCACGGGGGAGUGGACGCUGCCAUUUAUGCCUCCGUUCACCUACAUGUUAACUUAGUGCGCCAGGAGAUGUUCCCCCAUGAUCCUGCUGAGGCUCUCUGUCGGGCCUUCCGUGUCACAGAUGAGCGGUUUGUGCAGAAGGCAGCCAGGGAGAGCCUACGAUGUGGGACCACAGGAGUAGUGACUUUUAUCAGAGGCAACAUGCUCCACGUUGCAUGGGUGGGCGAUUCCCAGGUUAUGCUUGUAAGAAAGGGCCAAGCUGUUGAACUAAUGAAACCACACAAACCAGACAGAGAGGAUGAAAAGCAGCGAAUCGAGGCCCUUGGAGGUUGUGUGGUGUGGUUUGGUGCCUGGAGGGUGAAUGGAAGCCUAUCAGUCUCCAGAGCUAUAGGAGAUGCUGAACAUAAGCCAUACAUCUGUGGAGAUGCAGAUUCUGCCUCAACUGUUUUGGAUGGGACUGAAGACUACCUCAUUCUGGCCUGUGAUGGCUUCUAUGAUACCGUGAACCCUGAUGAGGCAGUGAAGGUGGUGUCUGACCACUUGAAAGAGAAUAAUGGAGACAGCAGCAUGGUUGCCCACAAAUUAGUAGCAUCAGCUCGAGAUGCAGGGUCGAGUGAUAACAUCACUGUUAUUGUGGUAUUCCUGAGGGACAUGAACAAAGCUGUAAAUGUUAGUGAGGAAUCAGAUUGGACAGACAACUCUUUUCAAGGAGGGCAAGAAGAUGGUGGGGAUGAUAAGGAGAAUCAUGGAGAGUGCAAACGCCCUUGGCCUCAGCACCAGUGCUCAGCACCAGCCGAUCUAGGCUAUGAGGGGCGAGUGGAUUCAUUCACUGAUAGAACUAGCCUGAGCCCAGGGCCCCAAAUCAACGUGCUGGAAGAUCCAGACUACCUAGAUCUCACACAAAUAGAAGCAAGCAAACCUCACAGUGCCCAAUUUUUGCCAUCAGUUGAGAUGAUUGGUCCUGGUGCACCAAAGAAAGCAGAUCUUAAUGAGCUAAUAAUGGAGGAAAAAUCAGUCAAGUCAUCAUUGCCUGAACGGAGUGGUGCUGGAGAGUUUCUGGCUUCUUUUAAUUUGGGUUCAACAGGGCAACAGAUAUGCAGAAUGGAGAGCUUGUCUCCCGUCUGUCCUGGGUUGGAAAAUGAACAGUUCAAAUCCCUGGGGAAAACAGCGUCUAGAUUGUAUCAUUUACGCCACCACUACUCCAAAAGGCAGCGUGGAUUCAGGUUUAAUCCAAAGUUUUAUUCAUUUCUUACUGCUCAAGAGCCUUCUCAUAAAAUAGGCAUUAGCCUCUCCUCACUUACCCGAAGUGGGAAGAGAAACAAGAUGUUAAGAAGUUCUUUGCCAUGGAGGGAAAAUAGCUGGGAAGGAUAUAGUGGAAACAUGAAGAUUAGAAAGUGUAAUGAUAUUCCAUGCCCAGACCUUCCCUGGAGCUAUAAAAUAUAAGACUUUUCUUCAAUGUAGGCUAGCUAGCACUCUCAAAAAUACAACUAUCAGAGUAGAAACAAGGUAGACAUUUUUAACAUACAUGUGCUUCAUUAUGAAUCCAUUGAUGGCUCAAUCCUUAAAUGUACAUAGAUCUCUAGGAAACUCAAAAUAGUGUUUUCAAUCUUUAAAAAGUAUUGGCGGUUUCACUAGCAAAAUCAUACAACUGGUCCCUGUGAUGUGUCUUUAUACCUACAUACAGCCCCCUCUCCACCAUCCCUUCACGUCACUAGUGGAAGCUUUGAAGUUAUUCCAGUCAGAAUACAUGGUAUGGAAAUCGCAAGUAUCUGGUAUGAUGUGCCUAAUCUAAAGGAAAGAGGGCAGAUCCCGGGGACCAUGAAGGAUGCCUCUCCAGUUGUUUGGGUGAGAGACCAAAAGCCACACAGGUCUUAACUUCGGAAGGACGCAGUGAGCCAGUACCAAAGUGUCACUGCGGCAGUAUGCAGUAAGAUAACUUAAAGGCAACUAUGAAUAUUUUUAAUUAAAAUAUUUCACAAGGUUUUUAUUUGAGAGUUUCGUAACCUGUUAUGGUGCUUUUGGUGGAAUUUUGUUGCUCAUUUUAGGAGACCUCUGUCAGCUGGCUGUAAGCUAUGAUGCUUUUCUUCAGAAAUCUCAGGAAUAAAAGUAGGUUAAGAGAUAAUGGCAGCUAUGACAGAAGACUCAAAUGCCAUUUAAGAGGAGUUAUGAAAAUAUCACUUCUAUAUUUUCUGCUUUUUUUAUUUUUAAAAGUAAUAUAAACAUAGUUUGAAUAAUGAAACGAUAGUUUUAAUUGUUUUCCCCAAGGGAAUGAAGUAAUUGGUUUGAAGGAGGCUGAGUGAGAACCCAGAGACCAUGUGCACAGGAGAAUGCAAAUUACUGAGGGCCAAGGCUGUUUAGCUGUAAGUGGAAGACGAGCCAGAGUCCAGCUACCCGCUUCAGACUAUAGUGACAGGUCAUGCGCUUCUCGUUUCAAACCAGAAACCUGUCUUCACCUAAAAACAGCAAAUCCACUAUCUCAGUCAUGAAUGUUUCCAUGUUCCCAUGUUCCCCACACCAUCAUACUCCAGGCCAACAGACAGGAGUAGCUGCUAGAGCCAUCACUCACAAGUGGUGUCGCUACUAAGUGUUCUUGCCUAAUCAUGUUCUAUGUAACAACACAAUUCAUGUUGCAUUCUCCAGAUCCAGAGAGGACGGAGACCCUCAAAUUUCACAAAUGGAUGACUCUAGCAUGUUAGAGGUACCAGCAGAGCUACAUCAAACCAUUAAGGACCAAAACACAGCUUCUCUUCAGCACUGGUCAAACUCUUAACCUACAGCUUUUAUUUUUCUAAAUUCUAAGUUGGAGCUUUCAGUAUUUGUUUUUGUUGACCUUGGAGUCGUUUAUUCUUCCCUCCAGUCUUGAGACACUGAUGAAGAGGAAUAAAUGUGGCUCCACCUCAACAGUAUUAGGACUUCAUCACCUUUCUGACGAUCGUCCAUAAUGGACCUCACUCAUGUCAGUCAUUGUUUGAAGCCCAGAUCUUGAUGACAAACCCAUCACGUGCGGGGCCAGUUUCAAACCAAAUUUCUAAAGAAACAAGAAAACAGAGGCAGUAGAACAUAGAACACAGAUGUACAUCAUAUCCCAAAAUAGCUAAGUACUGAAGAAUUUCUGUGGUUAUCUAUUGGUAAAACACGAGGUGAUAGGCUUUUUGGUAAAAAAUGGGUGGAUGAAACUAGGGCAAACAGACCCACUUUGAAAGGUCUGGAUUUUGUAGGUCUGACUACACAGCAGUGUUAACUCCAUUUCUCAUAUCAUUAGCUCUCUAUUUAGAAAAUAGAGAAAAGUACUUCUAGUGUGGUCAAGUUAAUAAACCAAUACUGUAAAAACUAACUUUUCAUUUGUUCACAAUGUACGUAUUUAUAAGGUAGUUAGAUACCAUUUGUACGGUAAGUCCUUUAACAUUCUAUAAUAUUAAAGUAGUGGUUAUUGGCCUGAUAUAUGCUGCUGUUGGUUCUAUAAACCAGAUGAGAAGCAGUGCUUUGUGAAAUGCAGUGUUAAACCUUAAUGCCACUGGUGAUAAGAAGUAGUUCCCUUCAGUUCAAAUCCUCUGCCCUCAUUUGCUGCUUGCUAAUGUAAGCAAUAAGUAAUCCUCUAACUAACGGUAUCUAUACAUUUCUGUAACUUAUAUUUAAUGAUGGUGUAUCUGGUGAUUGUAAAAAUAUUAGGCAGAUAUAAAAGUAACUAUACAAUAUAUAUUAACUGUAAAUGCUGAGGUAUAGUCUGUAAGUUGUGUGUUUUGUACCUCUAUUUCAUUGUGCAAUUUAGUGGUGGUGAAAGUCCAACACUCGAUCCUUAAAGAGUGGCAGUAUCCCUGUUUUCAGUUACCAUGAUCUGCAUACAUUUGUUUGCUUGCUAAACCAGUUUCGUCACAGUAGGAAAUAGCAAAACAAACAUAGACAAGAAAGUGUAGUAUCUGAUAGGAAAGCAGACUUCAAGUCACCAACUGAGGUUACUACUCCUUGUACAUUCACUGUGAGUCACUAAUUUCAAAGGUUUCCCUCUUCACUCUUUUUAGAUAUGUACAUUGGGAAGGACAUCCGAGGUUGGCAACAUUAUAGCACCAACUACUGGAGCUAUCAAUUCUAUUUAUGUCUGUACAACAGAGGUCAGACAGAAAACGUGUAUAUACUUUUUCUUUACCUACAAGUGCCAUCCAUUGUCCUUGAAGUAAUAUAAUUAGAGUUCAUGUUGCAUUUAGUUAAAGAGGAGGCACCUUGAAAGUAACAUCUUUUCAAAGGACAAUGUCAGUAAUAUCAACACUAAGCCUAACCCUGACCACAUUGAUAGUGGUCUAGCAGCGACACUGCAUUUUCAUGACACCACACUCCAUUGUAGAACACUGUGCAACAUCCAAGGGGCAGGCAGGCAAAAGUGAUGCAGUUCAGGGUUGUAGACAAGCUGCUGUGCUUCAAGGGCUUCCUCCCAUCAAAGGCUUGCUGAGGUUUUAUGAGAAAAAGGUCUAAAUUAUUUUAAUUUUUAAAUUCUUGAGCUUUUUCAUCUAGGGCUAUAAAAGAGGAUACUACAGUUUUGUUCAAACCUUUGUUUGGGAAAACUUUUCUUUGGGAUCCAAAGACCGGAUUUGAUCUAUAAAAUGUUUGUUUCUUCAAAACAAAUGACAUGCCAGUAUUCUAGCAUCCAGAAAAAUAGUACUGAUUGAACAAACCACUAAUUUAUUAUACUAAAUUAGAAACCUGAGGGAGGGGUUCCACUGACACAGCAGUCACUCUUGAGAAGAAAUACUUUCAUUUUCUCUGGUGUAUGAGAUAAUGCAGAUACAUCAUUGUAAUCUCUCUAGGUGCUCUUUGGUGAGAGACAAGCUUUCUCUUAUUCAUGACAUUUCUCUGCAAAGAAUUCUCUCUGGAGUGAAGUGAGUGAAGUUUCGAUUUACAAACCCACUCUACAGAUCACUUUUGAGUUGAGUUGUAAUCAUAAGUGAUCUUUCAUGUUUUAUUUAUUAAAACUGUUUAUUCAGGUAAGGAGUAUGUCAAAAUUUUGCCAAUAUCUUAAUAAAACUCAGCAAUUAAAAAAAUCA